CCGAAAUGCGGUCCAGCGGUGUAACCUUUUCAUACAACUCAAGUAAACGACAACUGACGCUGUCUCCACGGUAGCACCAAAGAGUUCUGUGUAAGAACCUUUCUGUUGGCCGCCUCGGAUGAUACAGUCUUGAGCGCACCUGUUGUUUUAGGUUUACGUGCAGACCCAAGUCGCUUGGUCUGGGUUGUUGCUCACCCCACUGUGUUUUAGCCAGAGGGUUAAAUGCCGAGAUAUUUUUAAACUGUGGAAAGUCCCUUGCUUUACUAGAUACUCCCACAACAGUGAAACACCUCUCACUAUACGCCGGCUUCAUGACGGAAAUAUCAAACUUAGUGGAGUACAGCAGACGCAUCUAAUGCUGGGAGCCUUGAAAAGAUUAUUUUCAAACUGAGUAUUUAUUUGCUAUGGAAGUAAGAAACCCCCUACCCCAGUCACUUGAAGACAGCAAUCUGACCAAAGCGCUGAGACUGAGAGAACGUAUAGCAGCAGAUAUUACGAGGCGGCUGAGUCAGAGACCCUCCAUUCACCACCUCCGCUCCCUGCACCAGCACAGCGUGCACCUGUGUGGAUACAAGUCUUCCAGCGCGCGGUGCAGAGACCUCAUCAAAGAAUCUCUCUGUGACCCGCGCCUCCUGAGACGCUUUGAAGACAGCCGAGGUCUGAACUGGAGCAAACAAGUCAGACGGCUCUUUCCACUGAAGAAUCCUGGGAAAAACAACAGCCUGCUGGACGCCGUGUCUCUUUACAUGUGGGGAGUGUGUGAUGCUGACUCUGUGCUCCACGCUGCUCUCUAUCGCACCCUGGCUGAAAGCAGUGCGGCCGAGCUCAGGCUGGCAGCACCCAGGAGAGCAGCCCGAUACACCUCAGCUCACCUCCCUCCUGACUCUGGGUUCUGCGCUGAAGAAUGGCAGAAUAUAGUGAAGACGGCCGACCCAAAGGCAAAAGCAGAGACGUCUCUGAUUCAUUUCUAUCAAGAUAUCUAUCUGCAUGUUUUGGCAAACAUCAUCAGAAGGCCAAUUAUUGUCAUUGCCGGAAGCUCUAAGGAAAGCAGUUCUGUUUCCUCAGAUGCAGUUCCUAAUCCUGCGGGGGUGUAUCUGCCACUCCUCUGGGAGUCUGAUGAGUGUUGCUGUUUCCCGGUGGUCCUGGGAUACUCAAGUCACCACUUCACCCCACUGGUGAAUGUCAACAAUCCUGGAGCGGAAAUGGACGCGCUGCCACUAGUUAUGCCCACUGCAUAUGGAAUGGUGGCCCUGCCAGCUCCCUUUCUUCCUGACUCAGAACAGCGCACUAAACAGCAGUUUCUUAACAAGUACCUCAAUAUUACUGCUGUUUACUUGGAAGGCAAUGUGACCGAGACAGUCUUUGCAGCCCGGUUGCAAGGAAAUAACUUACCAGAGGAUCUCAGCUUGGUUCAGGACUACUUCAAAUUAGUGCACCAUACUUGCAGGCAGGUUGAAUUAACGAUGGAAAGCGAAAGGGCACAGGAUGUGAGCAGGAAACAGGAAAACCGUUUCUCUCCGUCGGGCCUCUCUAUCACCGCAGACAACUGCCUAACAUCGGGCUGUCUCUACUUCUGCUCCAAGUUCACCCAGCCGUUCUGCCACCAGUGUUUCAAAGACUUUCAAAGCAAAGGUUCGCCUCCAAGGUCCUGUCAUUCUCACCAGGAGUCCAGGAGACAGGACCGGAAAGAGAACUCCUCGGAUCGAACUACUUUCUAUGGGAACGCCAGCCCUUCGGAGGUGAAGCUGCCAACUGGGCCAGCAUCGGCUCCUGCUGCAUCUUCUAACCUUUCCUUCUUUAACGAGGUCAGCGUCCAGAAUAUCAGAACUCCACAGCCUGGUAAUUUGACUCAGGCUGCGGUGUUCCCCGAUCCCUCUCAGAGACUGGUUGGAGACACUUUCACGGAGAACGAGGUCUCUCCCCAGGAGCCUGCAGACAGCAUCCUGGACUUCCUGGGAGGGAGGUGUAUAAUCUGCAAGAAGGAGACCAGGACCUUUAAUGGUUUGUGUUUCACGUGCUUGCAGAUCAGAGCAGAGGCUUCGAGACCCGAGGGUCCGCAGCCCUCUUCCUCAUUGGAAGGGCUUCAUCCCUCGUUCAAGAUGCACAGCGAGGAGCUGCAAGACCCUGCCUCCCUCAGUAAAGACAAUGGGAAGCUGUGCAUCACCCCAGGCUGCCAAUACUUCGGGACCCCACAGCACUUUGGCCGCUGCACCGUUUGCUAUAUUGCUUCCCAGGGUGAAACAGGACAGUGCGGCCCAGAGAAGGGAGACGCUGGUGUUCCUAGCGACCAGCCUCCUCAGGUUUCCUCCAUCCUCAGGAACAUGCCGCGGUGCUGCGUCCCCGGGUGUAGCAUGCUGGGGAAUCCCAGAUAUAAUGGCUGUUGUGAGAAAUGUUUCAUCUUGAACCAGAAUACAGGGUUACAGAGAUCAGGGGGCAAUCCUUCAGCUGUGCAUCCUGGUCAGAGAACCGCAUCCCCAAACCGUCAACACUACAGACCCCCAGCCGAACACGAAUUGCUGUGUGAGAAUUUUAUGGAGAAGGCUGUCCUGGGAACCAGGAAAGAGCCCACUGGCCCUGCUGGCAGUGACCAGUCUGCCGCAGCCAAUCCAGAGCAGGCUGAGAGAACCUGCAGGGCCAGUGGCUGCCGGAACUAUGGCAACAGCAAAUGUGAAGGAUACUGCAAUGAAUGCUAUCAUCGUAUCAGGAGCAGGCAGUGAGUAGAAACCAACACACCGGGAAACAGUGGCAGCACCUUGAAGCAUUUCCAAGUGGAUGGCAGUGCAGGCUAGAUCAAUGAACAUCGUUCAUACUGACAAGUCGUGAGCACACAUGAUGAUGGACUCUGCACUAUUCUUGUGCCUCAUUGUACUGUAUCUAACCACUCUUUUUAUUCUGGCUAUACCAGGCUUAGUUCUUUUGUAGCAAACAGAAUUUAUUUUUUCAUAGUUUUUUUCAUGGUGCUAAUAGGAUCACUCUAAUAAAAAGAUGCUGUAAGAAGUACAGACUAGCACAUUGCUCUUGUAUGUAUAUAUAUAGCAGAUUGGUUGUGUAUAAUUGCAGGUUAUUAGUAUGGAGUUUCAGUACCUGAAAGACCUGUUUUCUACCUCCCUGAUUAUUAUUUUUUUUUUCCCAUGAAACUUAUUAACCAGACUGAACUGUUAAGAAUUAUGAGAAAAUAAAAGCAUUUUUUGAUCAGUU